UCGUUUGUCGGGCGGGAGCCGCAAACGGUAACAGAUGAGGAGCGAGCGAGCGAGCAACGAGAGCUCUCGGGCUCGGCUUCGGCUUCUCGCCUGCCUUGCCUUGCCUUGCCUUGCCUCGCCUUGGCCUGCAUCGGGACAUGGGCCCGCUCGACCAAUUAUGACCCCGAGCACGCCAUUCGCUUGUCAGGAAACGACCUCUCGCGACCUCUCGGCACCUCUCGGCUCCUCUCUUUUGCUCUCUUCUCUCUCCCUCGCCACUCCUAGCCAAUGCGUCCGAGCUUCAGUCGACCGAGUUUCGCUGGGUUUCCCGCUGACUUCGCGUCAAUCCGUGUUGCACAGGAACGUCGCGCUCGAGUUUAUGGCAUGCCCCUGGAAUGCUCUAUCCUCCCGGGCGGGUUUGAGGUUUGGGUUUGAGGAGGGCGCGCGGCUGCGGAGCGAGCAAACACGCUGUGUUCCUGAGCUCGUCGUGCCAGCAUUCGAGGAGGCUCGAGUCUGAGCUGUGAACGUCGAAUUUUUUUUCCAACGAGAGACAUUGACGUAGGAUGCUAGCUGCUGAACUUCGGUGCGAGCUGCAGCUUUCGCCUUUCGCUCUUAUCCUCGACUUCGGAUUUCAGGGGCUCGCUUUGGAGAGAGUGUCGGGCGGCGGCGCUGGAGGGACGCGGUGCUCACACACGGCCUGCAUUUCUCUGGAUGCUGUCCGUGAUGUGCUUUGGAGUCGGUGACAGAGAGAGCGAAGGAGGUUAUUCUGUUAUGCUGCGGCGAGUCGCGGGGUCAUGUUUCUGCCGGGCGAGGGAGGAAAAUCUGCCUAGUCCUGUCGGAUCAGUCUCGCUCCAAUGUUCGUCCACGCGUGCGUAAUGGAAGUCAUCGCCGGUCCUGCGAGGUUCUCGAGUUCAUGCAUGGCGCAGCUCACGGGAGGUGUGGGGGACGACGACAGGAUGCCGCGGGAGGAACGGGGCCUACAUGUUUGAGGUUUCUGCUGCUCGAGCUAGCCUCGCCCGCGUCCGGGCAGCUGCAGAGCUCACAUGACAUCGGAACGAAGUUCUUCGAGUUGAGCUCGGGCCGCUUCGGCGAAGGCGAAGCAUGCCUUCGUGAGCUUUUGGACUUUCUACUAAUACUGCUGAACCGACCGCUCGGUCAGCUCCGACCUCCAAGCGAAUGGUUAUCGUCGACAACAGCGAAGAGAUUUAAGCGAUUGAAAGGUAUAUGAGUUAUUGCGCCGCCGAGUGUCUGGCUUGGACCGUGGAGCAGAACCCGACGGCCACACCGCACGAAAGCAGAGCGCCAUGUUACUCUUCUGGAUUCUUUCCGCCGUGCUGCACCCAGAGCAAGGCGUGCCGCACCCAGGGCAUCACCACCGAGCGCUGCUGGCGGACGGCAACGAGCACCUGAGCUCGCCCACCAGGCAGGAGUCGAGCCGGGGCCUCAAUCCGAGCGUCGUCAUCAUCGUGGUCAUCCUCACAGUGGUGUUUCUGCUGUCGGGGUUCCUGCACCUGCUGGCGCGAUGCUGCGGCCGAGUGGCGUCGCGCCGCGAGCCGACCGAGAGCGCCAUGAGCGCGCUGCACGGGCAGCUGCAGCAUCUCUUCCAUCUCCACGACUCGGGAGUGGACCAAGCCUUCAUCGACACUCUGCCCGUGUUCCCGUACAAGGCCAUCUGCGGGCUCAAGGAGGGCACCGAUUGCGCCGUGUGCCUGAGCGAGUUCGAGAGCGAGGACCGCCUGCGCCUGCUGCCCAAGUGCAAGCACGCCUUCCACAUCGACUGCAUCGAUACGUGGUUGCUCUCGCACUCGACCUGCCCGCUAUGCCGGUGCGCGCUCCUUUCUGACGACGUCAGCCCCGGCGCCGGGGCCUUCUCGGAUUCCGGUCGCCUCGGCAGCGGGCGCAGCAUGGGCGACAGCCUGCGGACGGCGGACUUGAGCCGGCGGAUCGCGUCCUCGUCGCUGCUGGCGGAGCACGGCGGGGGCUCCGGCAGCGACCUGGGCAAGGACGACGACAACCGGCUGGGGCUCGACAGCCCGGAAAUCCAGCCCGUGCUCGACCGGACGGAGAGCAGCGCCUCCGUCGCUUCCGUGCUCUCCGUCAAGCUGGGCCGGGUGGAGCGGCGGGCCAACAAUCACGGCGGCAGCGGGUCGAUUCUGCGCGGACGCUCCUACUCCAUGGGCUCCUACGAGUACGUAGUCGACCCCGCCAACCUGCAGGUGGUGAUCGCGCCCACUCCGUAUCCCGGCCGCGGUAAGAGCCGCGAGGUGACCACCGGUCGCCCGCGCCAUCGGAGCGUGUUCUCCGACAGCAUUCCCGAGCUGGGUUCGAACCCCGGCACUCCCGCCGACGAGCUGUUCUGGGCCACGCGCGGCCUGGCCACGCCCGAAUUCAUCUCGAAGCAGGACGGCGGCGCGACCUCGAGGCUGAACCUCGGGCGUCUGGCGCCCGAGGCAUCUCUCGUGCCCAGGUUCGAGGAGGGCGACGCCACGACGCUCGACGAUGGGCGAGCGAAGGGGAAAGGCAAGGAGACUCAAAUUGAAAGGGAGAAGGAGUGGGUGACGAUCGAUCUGGAAGCGAAGGAAAUUCGCGCCGCGGGGGCCAGCAAAACCAUCAUUCCCGAGAAGGUUCAGGAGAGCGAGGAGUCGAGGAUUCUGGCCGGGCUCGAGAGGUUCUUCGGAAGCGGAUGGCGGAGCAAUGUCGGCCUGGAGCGACUGGCCGAGAGCAUGCUGAAGCGCGAUAAGACGCCCGUGGAUGGGAGCUCCAAGAGUAAGGCAGUGUCUGAACAGGGCGAGUCUCAGAAAGACCACAGCAUGUCGAGGCGCACAUUUUCCUUCAGAUUCCCUGUUCCCGAUAGUCUUACUAUAGGCGGGCGGAGUCGCAGGACCCUGUCGGAAAACGGUGGUUUCGAUACUGCCUCCAAGGAUACGGUUGCCUUCGACACAGCCUCGAAGGACACAGGUUUCGAAACUGCGUCCAAAGACGGUGGUUUUGAGACCGCCUCGAAAGAAAGCGUUGGCGGCCUUGACACGUCCUCCGUCGGGAGCUUCGACAGUUCGUGGGUCGGUCCUCCUAGUCAGGCUCUUCCGCAGCCUACUGUAAAUGAAGAAAGCAGUCAUCACGCCGCCUCCUUGGCCAGGAAAACUAUCCAUUGGUUGAUGGGUAGGGAUAGAAGAGUUGUGGGUCACGCCAAUUUUUCUCCUUCGCCGGAAGCAGGCAUUCAUCGUAGGGAGGAUUUGUGAUGACCAUUUGAAGACUGUAGCAUUGCUCCGCAAACUGUCACCUCGGUCUUUCAGUCCUUGUAAAAACAAAGCAUUAUUUAGUAAAAGUUUUGGCUCGUAAUC